AUGCGGAGAGGCACCUGGGGUUCCCCUCCAAAAUCAGAAGCAGGGAAAAAUUUUGAUUCAAUUUUAGGGUAUUGUGUUGCCGGCAAGUUCCUGAAUGGACAAACCUGUGAAUCAUGUGCACGUGGCUAUUACAAGGACAAUGAUGGAAAUACACGAUUUGACAACUGUACGAAAUGUCCCCUUAAAGAUGGUAAAGAAACGACAACUGAUGAUCUUGGAUCUGAUGAUCAGGAAGCAUGCAGUGUUUAUAACUGUGCAGCUGGUUCAAUAUCAUCUGAGAAUGGUUGCAAGGAAUGUGAAAUGAACACUUUCCAGCCAAAGGAAUUUCCUUUUUCAACUGACACAUGUCUGCCAUGUCCAGUAAAAGCUGGACUUAUUACGAAUACUAGGACAACUGGAACUGAAAAAUCGGCUGACUGUCUGCGUAAGUUUCCUCUAACUUCUUAUAUCGAAUCAACCUAA